UCACUAAAGCCGCUCUGUGUGUGUGUGGUUGUGUGUGUAUGUGUGUGGUUGUGUGUGCGUGUAAAGCAGUGUUGAUGAGGAACAGCUGAAAUGUGGAGAGCUUCAGUCUCGUGUGCAGCUCUCAACCAGUUUAGUAUUUGGUUGCUGACGUUUCUCUGACACUUCCAGACUCUGGGUGGACUCUUUACUCUGUUGUGAGAUAUGGCGUCAGAGGGGGAGGAGGUCAACUUGGUGCUGGACUCUCUCUUCAUCCAGGAGAGUGGGGAGGUUUACAGAAACCCCACGGAAGUGAAGAUGAGUCAGAUCGUGAUGCCCUGCCACGCAAACCACUGUGGGGAGCUCAGCGCCGGACAGCUGCUGAAGUGGAUGGACUCCACGGCCUGUUUAUCUGCUGAGAGACAUGCAGGCUGUGUCUGUAUCACCGCCUCUGUGGACGACAUCCAUUUUGAACACACCAUUGGGGUGGGAAAGGUCGUCAACAUCAUCGCAAAGGUCAACAGGGCCUUCACGUCCAGUAUGGAGGUUGGCAUUCUGGUGACUUGUGAAGACCUUUACACUGACAGGCAGUGGAAGGUUUGUCAUGCAUGCGGCACAUUCGUUGCCAGACGAACCGAAGCUGGAAAGGUACAACUGAAGCAGGUGGUUCCCCGCACACAAAUGGAGCAGAUGGAGUACAGCCUGGCAGCAGAAAGGAGGAGGAUGAGGCUCAUCCAUGCUGAGAUCAUUACAGAUCUACUGAGCAGCAGCACAGCUCAACUGGGAGAAUGCCAGGAGUACCAGAACGCCGUGCCAGCUGAGCGGACACGAGUGGAGAGUGUAGAGCUGGUCUUACCGCCACACGCCAAUCAUCAAGUCAGCACAUUCGGAGGCCAGAUCAUGGCCUGGAUGGAGAACGUGGCUACGAUUGCAGCAUGUCGCUUGUGUAACGCACACCCAACCUUGAGGACCAUUGACAUGUUCCAUUUUCGUGGCCCGUCCCACAUCGGUGACCGGCUGGUGCUGAAAGCCAUUGUAAACAACAGCUUCAAGCACAGCAUGGAGGUGGGAGUGUGUGCUGAGGCCUACAAGGGCGGAGAUCCUCUGCGUCAUAUAAAUAGUGCUUUCAUGACCUUUGAGGUGCUGGACAGUGACAGGAAACCACGCACGCUGCCCCGCAUACGGCCCGAGCCUGUGGAUGGAAAAAGGCGUUAUCAAGAAGCCAUAGCAAGAAAGAAGAUUCGGCUCGAUAGGAAAUACAUUAUCUCCUGCAAGCAAACUGAAGUGCCCUUGUCUGUGCCCUGGGAUCCAAGCAACCAGAUAUACCUGAGCUACAACAAUGUAUCAGCACUGAAACUAAUGGCCACCAGAAACAACUGGGUUUUGACGUCGGAGAAAAAUAAGGUCAGACUGUACACACUGGAGGAAAAUCAAACGCUGUGUUUCAAGGUGGAGAUGCACGUCAACGUUGCAGCAGAGCAGACGUUCCACCUCUUAUCAGACCUGAGGAGGAGGAAAGAGUGGGAUCGACACUACGAGGAGUGUGAGCUGAUCAACCAGGUGGACGAGGAGGACACUCUGUAUCGAGUCGCUACUCCGUCAGUUGGCAAAGGGGCCAAAGGGACGGACUUCAUCUUACUGGCAUCCAGGAGGAAACCAUGUGAUGCCAGGGACCCAUAUUUGAUCGCUCUGCGGUCUGUCACUCUGCCGACUCACCCACCCACUCACGACUACACCCGGGGAGAGGUGCUCUGCGCUGGCUUCUCAAUCUGGGACGAUUCCAGCUCUACCACCAAGAUCACCUACUACAACCAGGCCACACCGGGUGUCCUCCCGUACAUUUCCACUGACAUCGUUGGCCUCUCGUCCAGCUUUUCCAGCACUUUUUCCUCCUGCAGCCGCUUCCUAGAGGCCAACAAGGACAGCCCGGCUGCUCACUGACCCACAACAGCACAACGACAUCAGUAUGAGGGAACGGGAUCGUCUCUCCUCCCGUUAGACCUCUGCUGAUGAGGUGCUGUGCUCUUAAAGAUGCCGUAGUUGAAUGUAUUUGUGGCUCUCCCUCUUCUCAGCAAUAGAUUUGUGGUUUCUGUAUUUUUUUUAAACCGCGCACAAUGUUUCGAGCCUCUCUCAGUUUUUUAAAAGUUUUAUCAGAGUGAAUAUAUUAUGGAAAACUAUAUGUGCAAUAUCAUUUAUAGGCCAGUGAAUCAUAUUUUGGCACAAAGAGUUAUGUUAUUUAACAUGAUCCCACUAAUCUAUCUAUCUUGUUUUUAUUGACACGUUCGGGCUUCACACAAUCUAACAUGAGGAUAAAACUUAUAUAAAAAUUUGAAUCAGCUUCUUUUGCUGUAGAUUAUCUUCUACCUCACUGAAUCUAGUUUCUAAACUAUGUGAUUGAAUGUUAAGAUAUAUGCUAAGAUGUACAUUUUCUGAUGCUAUUUUAUUUUGAGAUUACGAUGUGUAGUUUUGAAUAAAUGUACUUGCACUGAUUGUAUAAUAUGCAGACAUUAAACGGCCAAGUAUCACGUGACAA